CUCUGACCCCGCCUCUGCGCGCCUGACCCGGAAGUGGAAGGCUCCUGUAGCAACAGGGCCGCGCCGCCAUGCAGAGAGAGGAGAAGCAGCUAGAGCUGACCCUGGAGGCACUUAUCAGCCAGGUGGCUGACCUGAAGAACUCAUUGGUCAGUUUUAUCUACAAGCUGGAGAAUGAGUACGAUCGGCUCACGUGGCCUUCAGUUCUGGACAGCUUUGCAUUGCUCUCAGGACAGCUGAACACUUUAAAUAAAGUGCUAAAGCAUGAGAAGACCCCACUAUUGCGAAACCAGGUUAUCAUCCCCUUAGUGCUGUCUCCAGACCGUGAUGAGGAGAUCAUGCGGCAGACAGAGGGGCGCGUGCCAGUCUUCAGCCACGAGGUCGUGCCUGACCACCUGCGAACUAAGCCUGACCCGGAGGUGGAGGAGCAGGAAAAGCAACUGAUCACAGAUGCAGCUCGCAUUAGCCCUGAUGGAGCACAGAAACAGAUCCAAAGCCUAAAUAAAAUGUGCUCAAAUCUGCUGGAGAAAAUCAGUAAGGAGGAACGUGAAUCUGAAAGUGGAGGAUUACGACAGAACAAACAGACUUUCAACCCUACAGAUACCAAUGCACUGGUGGCAGCUGUGGCCUUUGGGAAAGGAUUGUCAAACCGGCGACCCCCGGGCUCUGGAGGAUCUGUCCAGUCAGGUCAACCAGGAGCUGGUGCCAUCAUUGCGGGGGCUUCAGGCAUGCAGCAGGUGCCAAUGUCAAGUGCACCAGCUCAGCAGCAGCCAAUGCUGGCAGGAGUGCAGAUGGCACAAGCAGGGCAGCCAGGAAAGAUGCCAAGCGGCAUAAAAACAAACAUCAAGUCUGCCUCAAUGCAUCCAUAUCAGAGAUGAGCCAACAUGAAGCAGAGCCAGGGAACAGCAGUUACCCGCAUUGUUCCUGAUGGACCCAGCGCAUGUGGAUUUCUUACAGAACUUCUCAGUCCCUUUGCAUAUAUACACUACGUCCACAGAGCUGGGUGUGAUGAGACCCUUCCCUGGGUUUUCUUUUAGUGCUGGGUGGCUUGUGUGGAGCUGCUAGUGGCCAUGUCUUCUGGAGACAAGUGCUCUAUUCACCCAGAGCAGAGGGCUUUACUUGUGAUAUCAAUCCCAUUUGCUCCGGGCCUAGCAGGAGUGCAUCUACCCUUUUUUUGAUACAGAGCCUGGAGAGCUUCAUGGACCACUCUGCUCCUUGUUUCUGUUGAUUCAAGAUGUUCCUACUCCCUGUUGAAUAAAGACUUUGUUUUGCGUAUGGCGAAA